AUGACCAAUUAUGUUCGUAAUGUCGCUUUGACUCUCACGGAUAAACUGAUCUGGCGUCCUGCUAAAGGUGAUGAUCACGUGUACGAUUACAUAAUACAGCAAUCGCCUUCUGCUCGUGCUCGAUGUAGAAAAUGCUCCCAAUACAUUAAUAAAGGUGAGUUUCGUUGUGGUAUUCCUGUAAGGUUUGCCUCUGGUGAGUACGGUUGGAUUUCAGCGUGGCAACAUUUAGGGUGCACACGGAUCGAAGAAAGCGAAGAUUUAACUAAAGUAAUGCAUGGAUUUGCACAGUUAGAGGAAAUGCAAAGGAAGGAAAUAAUUUCAGAAGUGACCUCCUCCGAAACUCCUGAGCAUUUAAGGACUCUCGACCCAGAUGAUUUGAUCAAACGCCGAAAGCUUGAAGAAGCAGAGACUCCUAAGGAAGUGCUGAGAACCUUACUUCCCUAUCAAAGGGAGGGUCUAAAUUGGAUGCUGGCUCAGGAGUGCUCUGAUGCUAAAGGGGGUAUUCUGGCAGACGAAAUGGGUAUGGGCAAGACAAUUCAAAUGAUCUCACUUCUGGUUGCCCAUCCUGUUCCUGGACCCACACUCAUCGUUUGCCCUGUGAGCUCCAUGUUACAGUGGGAAUCGGAAAUAAAAGAGCAUGUUGUGUCAGGCAAGCUAGCAGUUCUAGUGGCUUAUAAGACAUCAAAAUUAAAAAGAGAAGAUAUGGAAAAUGCAGAUGUGGUCCUUACAACAUAUCCAAUGAUUGAGCAAGCCUGGCGCUUGCUUGUAAACCGUACUAAAGUUCCAUGCCCAUACUGUGGCCAACUUUUUCUUGUCCGACAGCUCAUCGUUCACAACAAAUAUUUUUGCUCGCCUAAUGCCAAGAAAACAAUGAAGCAGCUAAAGCGUGAAAAGGGGAAGGGCGAUAUGCCAAACAGCAGAAAGUUUCAAUCUGAAGCAACGGUCAAGAAGGGUCUCCGAACAUUGCACAUUGAGGUAGACAAUACAGAUGAAUCUGAUAUAAGGCCCAUGCAGGACCAAAAUGCAUCCGAAAGUAAGUCGAAAUCUAUCAUGGGACCAAUGGGAAUGUACCAAGAACUUAUGCGAGAAGCAGGUAGAACCGUGCGCAGCCGGUGGGAACGUGCACGAACGCACUCCAGUGGCAGUGAAAGCGAUAGUUCCGACGACAGUGCAGAGACGUCUUCGAUGGAGUUUGACAGUGCUGCGCAACAGGCUGAGGAGGAGGAAGCCGCACAUCGCAAGGCAGAGGAACUUGCUAUACUUGACUCGUUUCGUUGCGAUAAAUGCAAUUUUCAGUUCCUGCGCUAUCCCUUUUGCCCAAAGACUGGUCAAUACCACAUCAUUCCAGAGGCGUUAAGGAAGAUGACCGAAUUGGACACUGGGGGUGACAAAGUUGAUCUGAAUGCUUCUAUCUUUCACUCUGUGAGCUGGUCCCGCAUCGUUUUGGAUGAAGCCCACAGGAUUAAGGGACGAACCACAAGUACCGCACGGUCCGCAUUUGCCUUGGAGGCAGAGUACCGCUGGUGUCUCACUGGAACACCGUUGCAAAACCGUGUUGGGGAUGUUUAUAGUCUUCUUCGGUUUCUUCGUAUUAAGCCAUACUCCCACUAUUUCUGUGGUGUUGAUGGCUGCUCUUGCUCCUCUCUUUCACAUCCCUUUUCAGGAACAUCGCUACACGAGUGCAUUUUUUGUGGUCACGGGCCUGUUCAGCACUAUUCAUACUUUAAUCGAUUAAUUCUAAACCCGAUCAAUCGCUAUGGUUACAUCGGUGAGGGGCGCAAGGGCAUGAUGUUAUUGAGUAACGAUGUCUUUUCUAAGGUAAUGCUUCGUCGAACGAAAAUGGAGCGGAUAGAAGAUCUGCACCUUCCGCCUUUGGAAAUCAAAAUUAGACGCAUCCAGCUCUCAAACGAGGAGCGAAACUUUUAUGAGGCGCUGUACAAAAAAUGCACGGCUGAGUUUGACACUUUCGUAAGCAAGGGAACAAUUUUGCACAACUACGCUCACAUUUUCCAACUCCUGAGCCGACUGCGCCAAGCGCUUGACCACCCGUUGCUUGUUAUGCGGGGUAUGAAUCUUGGCCCUGUAGUCUACGAAAAGGGACUUUGCGGGAUUUGUGGUGAAGGUGUUGAAGGUGAAAGAACCUUCAAGGCCCAUCCAUGUCGGCACACUUUUCAUUGUCUAUGUCUUAGUCAGUUUCUGGAGAGUGCGCCAGACAGGGAUUAUCAUUGCCCUAUUUGCUUUGUUCGUAUUAAUGUUGACCUUAGACAAUUACGUGUAGAGUGGGAUGAAGACGAAGACGCCGGUGCUGCUGCCCUGCCUCCCGAAUUGCAGGAAAUGGAUGAUGAAGAGUGCGAGCAAUGUGAUGGGACCGGAGCGAGUGAAAAUGGGGAGGAUGAGACCAGGGCGGGGACAACUGACGGAAAUAUGGCCAAAAAAUUUCAAAAUGCCGGUCGUGGUAAAGCGAGUACUAAUUCAUCUUCUGUGAAGUCAACCAAAAAGGACGAUCGAAGCAUCCUCUCUCGGCUUGAUCCCAACAAACCUCUGCACGGCACCAAACUCGAUGCGAUCACAAAUUACAUUGAACAAAUCCCAACAGAUGAAAAGAUUAUUGUGUUCUCUCAGCUUGGCGAUAUGCUGGAUCUCACGCAGUAUUGGCUGCAGAAGCGCUUUGUAAAGUCCGUAAAACUGUGUGGUAGUCUGACACUUUCACAGAGGCAAGCGGUAUUACAGGCAUUUUUACAUGAUCCUACUGUGCGUGUCAUUCUAAUAUCUCUCAAAGCCGGUGGGGAGGGGCUCAAUCUUCAGAUUGCCAACCAUGUCGUUCUGAUUGAUCCGUGGUGGAAUCCGGCUGUGGAGAUGCAAGCUGUGCAACGAGCACAUCGGAUAGGGCAAACAAAACCAGUGGACGCUGUGCGGUUUGUUACAGAGAACUCGAUAGAGGAACGCAUGGUAGAACUCCAGAACAAGAAGAUGCUUGUUUUUGAAGGAACUAUUGACGGCAAAAUGCAAUCCCUUAACAAGCUAUCUGAGGAAGAUUUACAAUUCCUUUUUACGCGUUAA